AAUCCACAUAUAUCAAUCAACCCAUUUUUCAAUAUGCCUCGCAACGCCCGCUGUCCUGCUGCUUCACAAGCCUGUACAAAGACUCCUACCCUGUGCCUCAGUCUCUCCAAACGACCUGUUCCAGAAGUUCUAGAUAAUGGAGAGGAUCUGGUCAAUGAUGAGAUGAAGGAGCAGGUGGAUGAGAAGGAUAUAGAGACUCAGUCUGGGGAUUCUAUAUCUGUGAAUCCCUACCCCUGA